UUUUAACAUAUGCAUACAAUUGGAAAUCAUGCUUUAGAUAUAUUUAUAAUUGACAAAGAAAACAGAUCCUUAAUAGAUUUUAAGAAAAGCAAACGUAUAGAUGCCAAUUCAUGUUCGAAUCCAAAGAAACAGAAAAUGGAAAGAAAUACAUUAGUUAGUGAAAAAGAAAUAGAAUUGGCAAAUAUAAAAAUCAGUCAUGAAAUCGAGAUGUGUAAGCUUAAGAAACAACGAGAAGAAUUUAUCAAUAAAAUUACAAUGGAAAAGUUAUUAUUAGAAAAAAAGGAAUUGCAGGAGAAAUUUAAGUUAGCGAAGUACCGUGCUCAAAAAGAGAUGGGAGAUGAUUACGUCUCGGAUAUUGAUUAGUUCGAAUAAGUUUUAUAUGAGAUAUACAAUUAUUAACAAUGUGAAACUAAUAUAUUAUGUUGAUUAUACGUCGCUUUAGUUAUAAUAAUACGCAAUAAGAAUACGCAAUUAAUAAACAGUGUAAUAAGGUGUGAAGAAUAAAAGUAAUUAUUUACUAUUAAC